UCAAGUUUCUGUGAGAAUGUCGCCCACUGUGAAUAGUCCCUGCCACUUCACUGGAAUUUUCUGAUGAUAUACUUCAAUGUCGUUGGAGCGGUAUCAAGAGGAAUAUGCUUGGCAAUCUCUCCUUCAGCUCAUUCGAAGUCUGCCAGCCGACCUAGAGGACGACAAAAAAUCCGAGCUACGCUUCGACGGUCUGUCCAAAGAGUUUCGCUUGUCAGAUGUCUAUAAGGUGUUUCCAAAGUUGCGGCAACGUGUCAACCAGCAUGGAGGUUUGGCAAAAUUGUGGAAUAAAUGCCACGGUUUGUCAAAUGGUGGCUGGCAAGAGGAUGAAGCAUGGCUGAAACUCAUAGAUGACCUGAAGGCAUGUGCUGAGCCUGAUCUUUAUGCCUUGUCAGACAAGCAGUUGGGCAAUCGUUUAAGCCAUCGCUUAGACCUCGGCCUCCGUUUGCAGCAAUUCCCGGAGCUACGACGACGCAUCAAGAGCGAGGGUGGCCUGUGUCACAUUUGGAAAGCCAUCAUUGCCGAAGCAGGGCAAACAGGACCUUCACCCUAUCCAUGCGGUUGGCCAGAUGCCCGGCAGCCCCAGGCAGACUGGCUCCCAGUCUUUCUCGAGCUGUCAGGGACAGCUUUCCCGCUAUCACCCCUUGAUCCUACGCAGACAACGUGGUCCUGGACUUCUCAGGGCCCUGGCGGGUCCCUCUUUGGAUUCGAAAUGAAAUCAGCAGAUUAUCAUCGUGAGGAAACACCUGAGGCCUAUGAUUCCUAUGAUGGAACUUCGCGGACAGGCGCUCAAAAAGCUGGAAGCGAAGUUGUUGCAAGACGAUGCGUGCGCCAUAUCUGGAUAUUUGCUGGUGAUGAGGCGUUAGACUCCAAUGGUCCUUGGGCAGAUGCUUUGAAAGAUUGGUGUUCCAAAUCCAAGUGUCCUUACAUGCCAGUGGCACUUGAAGGAAAGCGAGUCCUGCAUACUGCAGGGGCUGUUUCAAAUAUUUUGUACAAGAUAGACUCAUGUUCUCUCCUUGAUACCGACAAUCCCUUCGGACUUGAUGCUGCAACACUCUCAGAUGCGGACCUGCAUCUGGUCAUGUCCGAGAACAGAUGGAGAUGUUUCCCUAAAUCUUCAGCAGAAGCUGCUCAUGUCAACCGCUUUGACAACAUCAAUCACACCCUGCGAAUGUUUGCGGUCGAUGGCAAAUGUACUAGAGAUGUCUAUGGAGGCACUGAGAAGCUCUUGCGCAGAACUUUCAAGAGUAUGCACGUAUUUGGUGAAACCGACUGGUGGGGAGAGGCUUGCUACCUGCAUUUGGAUCCCCAAAUAUAUGCAAACUACCUGUGCAAGAACCGCACAGCGGCUCUCACCGAUUCUCGCUUUGUGGAAGAGGUGUGGAAGAGUUUGUGCAGCCGUGCGACAAAUGGGAUAGUGGUACAGAAAUCGCGUCCAGAUUUGCCUGAGUUAAUGGACUCAUGCGCGGCCGCUGGAGAAACUACUCUGGUGGUGGUGCUGACGCCAUGAGUAGCUCCCAACCUAAACCAGUGCGGAAAAACGUGUUGACAGUGUCAAGACCUUCAAAAAUUGAACUCAACGCGUCCAAGCGUCCGAAGUGAGCGUCAACUUGAUCCAGGCAGAGUUACCAGUUCAACUCCUGCAGUUGAUUCCGAGAAAAAA